AUGACUGAUCGGAGUACCUUUGACGAGUCGAUGCAUGUCUCUACUGAAAUAUCCAAGCGCGAGAUCUUUAACAUUAUCCUUGGCACUGAAUCCAAAGACCGAGGCAACGCUGCCGUUCGCUACCACACUGUCGAUCAUGUACCACCAAAGGCGUUUGAGAAGAUCGCGCUCGCUUUGAUGGAAGGAAACGCGGACGAGAAGACCCUUAAUCUGUACAAGGUCAUUGUGCACUUCCAAGGCGCUGUUGUACUAUACGCAAAUCAGCUACAAGGCCCCAAAAGCGCAGCCGUCCAAACGCACAUCCAGCAAAUGGAGUUCAAUCAUCUGACAGCAGCGCUUACUGCUCUGGACCGCAUUAGUUUCCUAACCGCGCCAUCCCUACUACUUGCUCAGGCCUUGAUCACUGGGGCCAUCAUGAUGCAAAUUAUGGGUAACCCAGUGAGUUGUUGGGAACUCACGGCACAUGCAUCUCGCACUAUUGUAGCUCUGGGAUAUCACCAUAUUGAUAAGCCAAUGCCUGAAAGUGAUUCCGAAAGCGAGAUCUAUGCACUUGUCGGCCAAUGCGCAUUUCUUGACAGUAUCAUGAGCCUUUUGCUGCUGCGACCAAGAUCUCUUCCUCAACUUCCGGUCAAAGCCUCGUACUUGUUACGAGCCGAUCCAGCCAGCCCUAUGAGCAUUCUAGAGAUGCUUCCCGUACUCGACAAGAUCCUGGAUCUGACAUUGGACACGAAGCCAUCGCCUACUAUACUCAACGAUGAGGUUGCGCAACUACGGACAAAGAUGAAGGACAUCUACGAGCUCAUGGAGAAGGAACGGCAACUGCAUCUCUUGGAUAGCAGAACGGAUGCUCUCAUACACUGGAAAAGCAUGGAGUUCAGAUACUUUUCUACCCUGACGUCGGUCCACCGCCUGAGUCCCACCGUUACGACAAAUCCCUUGGAACGAGAAGAGUGCCUCCAAAGCGCCCGGAAAGCACUCGAGUGCGCAAAGUACAUAGAGGAGCUCGGAAGAUCUUUAGACCAUUUCAUUGAAGGCUAUGAUCCUUAUCUCGCUUGGAGCAUGCUUUCUUACCCACUCUGUCCCUUCUUCGUCGUCUUUUGCAACGUCGUCGGUACAUCCAGCGCCCAAGAUUUCCAGCUCCUCCAAGAUGUCACCGAUGGUCUUUCUGCACUCGUUACAGAGAACAAGCCCCUGGUGCAGGGCUCUGGUACCCAUGGACAGACACAGCACCCAACUGGAGACUCGACUGGACCGUUGACCACCUAUCCCAUGUCGGCAGCUUUCGGGAACGGUCCUGGCAUCUUGAACAAUAGCGGGAGUGACAACACUGCUGGUAUCAUGCCAUCUUCAUGGAACGACGACAUGAUGUGGCAGCUGUUUCAGACAAUGGCUGACCAACCAGACUACGAUGCGAUAACUUGGCCUGUCCAACUCACAAGCAAAGUCCAUCGUAAAAACAAUCCUUACCUGGAUCCUAGCAACCCCGCUCUUUCGGCUGCGGGCAAGACCGUCCUAAUCACUGGGGCGACUGGUGGCAUUGGUCGAGCGAUUGCUGAAGCAUGGGUAACCGCUGGUGCCAAGGCCGUCGUCAUAACCGGAAGAAACGAAGAGAAACUACGAGAGGUUGUUGGGAAGUUGGAUGCCAUAGGCCAAGAUGAGACGAUUGUGCAUUCGUCUGGGUCCAUCGAUAUCACGAAGGAAGAAGAUGUUGCGACGUUGUGGAGGAGGGCAGGAGAAGCGGUCGGCCGAAUCGAUGUCCUCGUCAAUAACGCCGGAUCCUUGACGCAAGCCAUGAUUGGCAAGUGCGAGCCAGGAAAAUGGUGGCAGGAUUUUGAAGUCAACGUCAAAGCCGUACAUUUGAACGUGCACCACUUCCUCACCCAAGCGCCGGACGGCAAGGGCACCGUGAUUUCGGUCUCGACCGGAACGUUGGGCGACAUGUAUCCCGACUUCUCCUCCUACAUCCCCAGUAAACUCGCGCAAACCAAAUUCAUGGAGUUCCUUCAUCACGAACAGCCUGGCAUCCGCACAUUCAGCCUCUUUCCCGGCCUCGUCGCAACAGACAUGCCGCCGAAGCAAUAUCUGGACUUCGCCCUUGACGACCCAAUGCUAACAGGAGGCUUGACACUUUUCCUAUCUACAAAGAGAGCAGAGUGGUUGCGAGGCAGCAUGGUGAGUGUGAACUGGGACUACGAGGAGAUGGAGAUGCACAAGGAAGAGAUCUUGGAAAAGAGGUUGACGAAGUUGGCUUUUUGUGAUGCAAAGUUUGGGAAAGGAGGUCAUCCUUGGGCGACGUGA